UCCCACAGCUCGAGCUCACUAUAUUCAGCGGCUCCGGUGCGCUCGAAACUUUAUUCACUCCAGAGUCCAACACAGAGACGGACCUGUCGAGCUCUCUAAUCCCCACUGCAAGCUAAGCACUCACUGGAUAGAACACACGGACAACUUUUUACAGAGCUAUUUCCGCCUCUCUAUUUUUGGUUUUCAUUUACGGGACUUAAACCUGGGAUUGUACCAUUUAAAAAAAGACGCACUUUUUGUUGUUGAAAUAUUUAAAUGUCAUGGUUUUUCAUGUUCAUUGUAUAAAUAAUAUUUUUGGGGUAUAGUACUCGAAAUAUUUGAGAACAAGGGAAACUGUUACACAUGUUUUCCAGCCUCUGAAGAAGACUUAACAAGUUAUUCGUUCGUGGGGGGUCGAUAACAAGUGCAAUGAUUGCCAAGGUCUUCUGUUGGGAUUGCCUUACUGCUCAACUCGUCUAAGGAGCCAGCCAUGUCCUUUUGUCUGCUCUACUUCUGUCACGGAGAGAGGGCUCGGAGUGGCGGACGCGCACGAAUGUGAAUUACAUUGCAGUCAACUACCCUACUUCAAAGCACUUCAGAUAUCCGCACAGUUCCACAAACAAGUGUUUAGGAGUUGUACCGCGGGCGACUGAACGGGACUACUCACAUGUUCCUCUCCCCAAGGGAUGGUUCUUGAUCAUCCGCGGGCAGGAGCGACUUUGCGGCUCCUACAGCAGGAGACGUUUUCUUGUUUUGGGGGAAAUCGGAAUUAAAGGGAAAUGAGACCUGUACUUUGCUACUUCCUGCUCUGUACAUCGUACCUGCUGAAUGCUGUUGCUGAGGAAGUCCCGCAGGAGUUGAUAGAGAGACUGUCCCACAGCGAAAUCCACAGCAUCAGCGACCUCCAGCGGCUAUUGGACUCCGAGAUAGACGCCCCCGUAGGUGCGGAAAAUGAGGUCAUCGAGGAGACCAAGCCGAUGCAGAAGCAUCAUAAGAACUACUCCCAACAGCAUGGCUACUCAGACCUGAAGAGCUCACAGAUACACAGCCGACGCAAGAGGAGCGUUGAGGAGGCGGUGCCUGCGGUGUGUAAGACGCGGACGGUGAUCUAUGAGAUCCCGCGCAGCCAGGUGGACCCCACGGCUGCCAACUUCCUGAUAUGGCCGCCGUGCGUGGAGGUCAAGAGGUGCACUGGAUGCUGCAACACCAGCAACAUGCGCUGCCACCCCUCACGCAGGCACCACCGCACCGUUAAGGUGGCCAAGGUGGAGUAUGUGCGGAGGAAACCCAAGCUGAAGGAGGUCUUGGUCAGGUUAGAAGACCACCUGGAGUGUGUGUGCCAGUCACAACAUCACGUGACCGAGCACUCAGACGCAGACACAGACCACCAUACUAGGGCUAAAGGUAGGAAAAGGAAACCUAAAAAGCUAAAGCUCAACAAGGAUUUAUUGGCGACAUAAUAAACUUGAACACAUUAUUCCAAAGUCCGACCGCCGGACCCCCCGGCUCCAACAGGUAGGAGGACUUUAGCACCAGCAUGGCAAUCCAACCAAUGACCUACCUGCUGGUCACAAGCCCAAUCAGGGGAGAGAAAGGGUUGCCAAUCAGAUCACAAACAAAGCCACACCCAAUCAGUGUGAGGAGAGGGAGGGCUGAAAUGGACCACACUCUGUGAAUGCCACUGCAUGAUUUAGUGUGAUUUUUAUGCCUGCCUGCGCACUGCAUGUCCACUUUGUCUUAUGUUUUAUGCCUGUAUGAGUUUAUGAAUGAGGAUUUCAACCUCACCUUGUUCACCGACCAGUAUUUGUCCUUCACUCCAGCUGUCUCUGUGUCUCUGUGUGUAUCUGAUUUCAAAUACCAUUCUAGAUGACUCUACUUCCCUUGCUCUCCUCUGUAUUUCAUGUUGCCUCUUUCUUUCUCUCUCAUCCUCUCUGUCCAUUUGUUCUGUCUGUCUGUCUGUCUGUCUGUCUGUCUGUCUGUCUGUCUGUCUGUCUGUCUGUCUGUCUCUCUCUCUCUCUCUCUCUCUCUCUCUGUCUCUGUCUCUGUCUCUGUCUCUCUCUCUCUCUCUCUCUCUCUCUCUCUCUCUCUCUCUGUCUCACUCUCGCUGUCUUUCUGUCUGUCUCUGUCUCUCUCUCUCUCUCUCUCUUUCGCUCUCUCUGUCUCACUCUCUCUGUCUUUCUGUCUGUCUCUCUCUCUCUCUCUGUCUCUCUCUCUCUCUGUCUCUCUCUCGCUCUCUCUGUCUCACUCUCUCUGUCUUUCUGUCUGUCUCUCUCUCUCUCUCUCUCUCUGUCUCUCUCUCUCUCUCUCUGUCUCUCUCUCUCUCUCUCUCUCUCUCUGUCUCUCUCUCUCUGUCUUUCUGUCUGUCAUUCCCUAUGAGGCAUUGUUUGUUGUCUAUUGUGUGUUUUUAGAUCUCUUCCACCUCACUUGCUUGUACUUUGUACUGAGUCACACACUCACUGAGUGGAAAUGCAUGGCCAGCACCUGGGAUGAUGACUUGUAUAUUUGAUUACUCUGUUUUUGAAAUCAGGAGAAGGCUUAUGCCAAUGCAAUUGGCUGUGUGUAUGGGUGUGUCCACCUGAUGAGUUUAUGACACAUUCAAAUUGAACAAAAUGGGGAAGGAAUAUCACCUUUUACCUCUAACAUGUUCAAAUAAUAAUAAUAAUAUGGGGAUUAAUGAAAUGCUAAUGCUAAAGCUAAUGGUAAUAGUAAUUAUGAGGGUAAUGCUAAAGCUAAUGGUAAGAGUAAUUAUCAGGCUAAUGCUAAUGAAAUGCUAAAUGUUAACGUCAGCUCUCUCUUUUCUCCACAGUGGACAUAAGGUGAGACCCCAGCAGCAUUGGACUUCAGUGUGGAAGGGGCCAAAGAGAGGAUGCUGCCAUAUUUGGACUGCUGACCUACCCCCUUCCCUGACCCCACCCCACGCCACCUACCGCCUUUUAAAAACAAAGAUUACUGUAAAGAGAAAAAAAGACAAAAAGUUAAGAAAAUGCCAAAGGUGCUUUUUUCUAUUACCGUAAAAAGUAAUGCAGAAGGUCUCUGCCAAGCGCAGCAGAACCAACCAAUCGAACAAUGACGCGGAUGAGGAUGGUGAAGCCGAUAAAGAGCUGGGCAGAAAAGAGAGGAGGAGGAGGACAAGAUGGGUUGUCGUUUGUUGAGUAAACAGGACAAUUUGACGAUCACAGAGAGAGAUCCAGGAUGGAUCAUUGGAUUAAGCCUCAAUGGGGGAUCUGUGGACUGGAUCCUAAAAGGACACAGAGAGGGACAAUCAGUGGACUCUUCGGGACGUGUGGAGGCUUGCAUGUUCCUAGCCGUUGGCCUAACUGACACUUGCCUGGACAGUCAAUGACUGACAGAGAGAGAGGGAGAGAGGGAAAGAGAUGUUGAGAGAAGUUGUAGAGAGGUGUAGAAGGUACUGGUCGUGUUGCUUGUUGUUCCAGAACUCUCUGUACACUGUAGUGGAACUUGUGAACAUUCUGGAACUCAUAAAAUGGUCACCCAUUUCGUCUAUUUUGGAUAAAGAGUUGGGAAAAGUGUUUGGAGUCAUCAGGACCUGUUGUUCCAAGAUGUCUUCUCUGCUUCUCUCUCCUGGGUUCCCCUGUCUGCUCCUAUUGGGAUUGUGCCAGUCACCAUAUACACUACAGAACGAUUCAGAAAGGAAGAUUCAUUCAUUGCUACUAAUAAACUAUUUAUACGUGUGAACAUUCUCCUCUCUCUCUCUCUCCCUCCAAGACAUGAUGUUUUCUGUGACAUGUAAGAUUCAUGUUCUGUCUGGUCUUCUGGUAGAGAAUCUUCAUGUCCACAUGUUGUUUGUAGUUGUUCAUGUAGUUGUUACUCAUGUUCAAUGUUGCCUUAUUAUGUGCCAGUAUAUUAUCUGAACAGUCUCAAGUCUAGUUGUAUGGGCUGGUAAUGUAAGGAAGCGUGAGAAGGAGGAGAUGGGAGGACAGAGUCUGUACAAGUACAGGAAGAUGCUUUAUUUUUGUUCAAAAAUAUAUUAUGCUUACUUAUAUUCAAGCAGGAAGUAUGUUUGUUAUUUCUUUGUUUGUUGUGGUUGAAUGCUUUUAUUUAAACCAUGGAAACGAUGCAGGAAUGGCGGUGGUGAAGUGUAUCAGGCCCCAGCAAUGCACCCUGUUUGGUGGCGUAGGGUAGGCUUACAUCAGCAGUGCUGUACUGUAUUAUCUAGAGAGAUGGAUAGAGCUAACCUGGUCCCAGAUCAGUUUGUGUUGUCCUGCAAACACAUAUAGUCAUUAGCAAGGCAGCACAAACCGAUCUGAGAUCAGGUUAGUGGAGAGCUGGCUGAGGAAGACUCCGUCUGGGGCAUCGUUGGACUGUCUCUUUAACCCAGUUAUCUAGCCAAAAGUUACACCCAGUAACCAGAGCGUCAUUAUACACAACAGAAUGUUCAGCAUGUGUGUGUGUGUGUAACCACUUUUAACCCACAUCACACUCCUUUGAUAAGAUGGUGCCCAGUCCGCCCCACCAGCACACAAGCUGUUCUUAACCAGUACAAAGUCCAUCUUGAAUGAGAGAGUUUGUGAACAAUUCAACAUGAAUGGUUCCCUAGUUAAUCAAGCAGCAGUCUUCCAUUGACACGUUAACAACGAUGAAGACUGUUCCACUGUUGAUGAGUGAAAGAUUCAAAAAGAAGAUACCACUGUUUAUGGAGAGAUUGACACCAAAUCUCUAACAACACCCUAUUUCCCGUACGGUGAAGUGCACUACUUUAGACCAGAGCCACUGGACCAAAAGUAGUGCGCUACACAGGGAAUAGGUUGUCGUUUGGCACACACUGAAUCAAUAGAAAGACUUGGGCACUUUUCCAAAAUGUCUCAGAGUAGGACUGCUGUUCAUCUUAUACAUUAUGAUCUAAACAGCUAAACUGAUCCAAGAUCAGCACUUUAUGAAGUCCUGGGUGAGAGGCAUGCUGAGAGAAAAUAGAUGAGUGAAGAGGCAACAACACUGUAUCUGCAGCUGCUUUGUGUUGUGGUAACAACAUGUCCAACUGCACCCUACAGACUUCCAAGGUGAUUCCAUUGGUGCUUUAUGUAGAAAGGAAGUCAGAAGACGUUUCACCACCAUUUUGCAAUGCAUUCAUUUAUUCAUUCAUUGUUGAUAGACCAGGGACCAUUGCUUACAGUAACUAAAGAAACUACAACAACACAAGCUUAUGCCAUUUUUUAUUUGGGCCUCUAUUGGAUAAAAACAGCAAUGAUUAUAAUUUAUAUAUUUAUGUUUUCAAUAAUAAAUACAUUCUGCUUAUCAAACUGUA